ACAUCUUUGGCUCAAUUUUACUUUUCAAUACCUCAAAUUGUCAAUUCUUUGCUGCUUAUCUGAGCAAUCAUGGCUUCUGUGGCAAUGUUGAACGCACCUUGUAAUAUUGGAGCUGUAAAGUUUGAGGUGAAACUGAAGCCAUCACCAAAUUUGUUUUGUGCACGGCCUUCUGUUAAGUUGAAUCGAAGGAGGGUGUUGACCAUUAGAGCUAGCAAGGAAGGGCAUGAUAAUGGGUCUAGUUCAGGGCCCUUGAGAAAGAUGGGCUUGAGUGAUGAGGAGUGUGAGGCUGCUGUAGUUGCCGGAAAUGUGCCUGAAGCUCCUCCGGUUCCACCAAAGCCGGCUGCACCUGCCGGUACCCCUCUUGUGUCUUCACUGCCAAUUAAUAGGAGACCACGCCGUAAUCGUAGGUCGUCAGUAGCAAGAGCUGCAUUCCAGGAAACAAAUAUAAGCCCUGCGAAUCUUGUAUAUCCACUAUUUAUUCAUGAAGGUGAAGAGGACACACCUAUUGGAGCAAUGCCUGGAUGUUAUAGGCUUGGAUGGAGGCAUGGUCUUGUUGAAGAGGUCGCAAAGGCAAGGGAUGUUGGAGUCAACAGCAUUGUGCUCUUCCCAAAAGUUCCAGAUGCUUUAAAGACCUCUACAGGAGAUGAAGCUUACAAUGACAAUGGAUUAGUGCCCCGAACAAUACGUUUGCUGAAAGACAAAUACCCUGAUCUUGUUAUCUACACUGAUGUUGCUUUGGAUCCAUAUUCAUCUGAUGGGCAUGAUGGCAUUGUCAGAGAAGAUGGAGUUAUCAUGAAUGACGAGACUGUGCAUCAGUUGUGCAAGCAGGCAGUUGCUCAGGCCAGAGCAGGAGCAGAUGUUGUCAGUCCGAGUGACAUGAUGGAUGGUCGUGUCGGAGCAAUUCGAGCAGCUCUUGAUGCUGAAGGAUUUCAGCAUGUGUCGAUCAUGUCCUAUACGGCAAAGUAUGCAAGCUCCUUUUAUGGACCUUUCAGAGAGGCUUUAGAUUCAAAUCCACGUUUUGGAGACAAGAAAACUUAUCAGAUGAACCCCGCAAAUUACAGAGAAGCAUUAGUUGAGCUGCAAGCAGAUGAAUCUGAAGGAGCUGAUAUUCUUCUUGUGAAACCAGGUUUGCCUUAUUUGGAUAUUAUUAGGCUUCUUCGGGAUAAAUCUCCUUUGCCCAUAGCUGCCUAUCAGGUUUCAGGUGAAUACUCAAUGAUUAAAGCAGGAGGGGUUCUGAAAAUGAUUGAUGAAGAAAGGGUUAUGAUGGAAUCAUUGAUGUGCCUUCGGCGAGCUGGUGCUGACAUCAUUUUGACCUAUUUUGCUCUGCAAGCCGGUAGAUGCAUGUGUGGAGAGAAGAGGUAAAGCUAGCCGGAUCAUAAAAGGAAUUCUUGUACGAAGAAGAUUUUCUAGUGAACUUUGUAAAUUAGUUGAUGUGAGCUUUGAUUUAAAAAAGUAGCAGAACAACUUAUGUUAGUCGAGGGUCAAUGGAAACAACCUCUCUACCUCACAAAGGUAGGGCAAGGUCUGCGUACAUCCUACCCUCCCCAGACCCCCACUUGUGGGACUACACUGGGUAUGUUGUUGUAAUUGAUUACGUUGCGUCUCUAUUGUCUAAUUUUCUUGGUUACUCAUGAGGUAAAUUUAUUUAGAUUAUUUGAUGUGAGCUUGAUUUAGAGGAGAAUUUGUUCUCUUUGUAACCAUUUUGUUCAUUUCCUAGCUCAACAUUUGAAGUUAUUAAUAAAAAAUCAAAAAAGAUCAGUUAAUUGUUUCAACCUCCA